CGACACUGACUUCCGUGUGUGUUCUUGGUCUAGUGUUGAAAAUGGGAGAUAUUGAGAAGGGCAAGAAGAUCUUUGUCCAGAAAUGUUCCCAGUGCCAUACAGUUGAAAAGGGAGGCAAGCAUAAGACUGGACCCAACCUGAACGGCAUAUUUGGACGCAAGACUGGGCAAGCUGAGGGCUUCUCUUACACGGAUGCUAACAAAAAUAAAGGUAUCACCUGGGGUGAGGAUACUCUGAUGGAGUAUUUGGAAAAUCCAAAGAAGUACAUCCCAGGAACAAAGAUGAUUUUUGCUGGUAUUAAGAAGAAGUCUGAGAGAGCAGACUUAAUAGCAUACCUCAAAAGUGCCACAAAGUAAAAGUUAUCUGCUGCCUUAUUUAUUUCACAAGGGAGAUGGUUAUGGAAGUGUCUGUGAUGAGUUUGGUUUUUAAACUUUCUAUUUUUACAUAUACUGUGUCUAACCUUAAAAUCUGUCUCGCCCAUCAGAUGACAUUGCUCAUGGUGGGUCACUGAAGUACACUCUUGUUUGGCAGCCAUUAACUUAAUGGAAACUAUGUAAUUGGGUUGAUUUAAAUGACAAUGUUCAGUCAUUCUUGAUCAUAGAAUUAAAAAAAAUAUAAAUAAACAUUUCCUGCCUCUUCAUUGUUUAAAAAAAGUAUAUAAAUAAUCAGAUGAAUAAUUGUCAACAGCAUAAUAGCUUUGACAAGCCCAGCUACUUCAGGGUGUUUUUUGGCAUUUUCCACCAUACAUCUUCUGUUACAUUACUUUAAAGAUUAAAAAAACCAAAACACCCAAACUGAACAGAGCAACAAAAACUUUUAAAAAACCCAAAUAAACCACCCCAAGAUAAUAUUUUUCUAAACUUAAUCAGUGCUAAGUGUUGUGGUAUAUAUUAAUCUGUCUAAAGCUUGCACUAAGAAUGCAAUAACUACAUCUGACUUAAGUACUAUUUGUGAAAUGGCAGUUGUGCCCAGCCCCUUUUCUUUUAUCUAGGGGAAGCAUGUUACCUAAUUUAUCCAGGCUGACAGCUGCAUGCACCAGUAGAGUACAUCUCCCCUUCAGAAACAUCUGCAGUUUUGAAAUGUGACUGAAGCCACUUUGUUCAGUAAAUCUUCCAAAACAGCCAUUCUUAGUGGAAUGAGUAGAACAAGAAAGCAUCCUUGGUGCUAAAGACCAAGCUGAGUGUAAUUAAAUCUUCUUAAUCCAGCACAAGUGUUCACUUAAAAUCCAUUGUUACAGGCAAUUUCAGAUGAGGGGGUGCCAGAAAAAUGUGCUGGUAGACUGAAGGGAAAGUCUUUCUCCAUGCCUGGCUGUAGCCAAUGUCAUUACUUCUGAAGGUUCUGUUUUGCACAGUGUAAAGUGGUAUUUUUAAUGUUUUAACUGCAUUUUUUUUCAUACCAAGUGAAUUGUUCAGAUGAAUGUAUUUACUGUGUACCAACAGUAAGACAUAACUCGGAGCAAUCAGUACUGUAAAAUUAAAAAAAUAAAAGUUGUUUGCUGUA